AUGGCGGUCUCGGGGCAGUCCAUCAGGUUCUGCGGCCCCGCCUCUGCCGGACCCAGCGGAGGCAGUUUCGACGCGCUCAAUCGCGUCCUUGCUGACCUCUGCACCCGAGGCAACCCCAAGGAGGGGGCUUCAUUAGCUUUGAAGAAGCAUCUGGAAGAAGAAGCCCGUGACCUCAGUGGAGAAGCAUUUUCCCGUUUCAUGGAUCAGUUGUAUGAUCGGAUUUCAUCACUUCUGGAGAGCAGUGAUGUUGCGGAGAACUUAGGAGCUCUAAGAGCUAUUGAUGAGUUGAUAGAUGUGGCAUUUGGAGAGAAUUCCUCAAAGGUUUCAAAGUUUGCUAAUUACAUACGGACUGUGUUUGAGGUAAAGCGUGAUCCUGAUAUUUUGGUCCUAGCUAGUAGAGUUCUGGGCCAUCUAGCCAGAGCAGGGGGAGCGAUGACUGCAGAUGAAGUGGAACGCCAGAUAAAAAUUGCUCUCGGGUGGUUGCGCGGGGAUAGAGUCGAGUAUCGACGUUUUGCUGCUGUCUUGAUCUUGAAAGAAAUGGCAGAAAAUGCUUCAACAGUGUUCAAUGUUCAUGUACCUGAAUUUGUUGAUGCUAUUUGGGUUGCUUUGAGGGAUCCAAUGUUGCCUAUUCGAGAGCGAGCUGUGGAAGCUCUGCGUGCUUGCCUAGGUGUUAUUGAGAAACGUGAGACACGCUGGCGUGUGCAAUGGUAUUAUCGUAUGUUUGAGGCCACUCAGGAUGGGUUGGGUAAAAAUGCUUCUGUUCACAGCAUACAUGGUUCUUUACUUGCAGUUGGAGAGCUUUUGAGGAAUACAGGUGAAUUUAUGAUGUCAAGGUACAGAGAAGUUGCAGAAAUUGUCCUUAGAUAUCUUGAGCACCGCGAUAGGCUGGUUCGCCUGAGCAUAACUUCGUUGCUACCUCGAAUUGCUCAUUUUCUGCGCGAUCGAUUUGUCACAAACUACUUAACGAUAUGUAUGAAUCAUAUUCUUGCUGUUUUGCGAAUACCAGCUGAGCGCUCCAGUGGUUUUGUUGCCCUUGGGGAGAUGGCUGGUGCUUUGGACGGGGAACUUGUCCACUAUUUGCCGACAAUUACGUCUCACUUACGUGAUGCGAUUGCUCCACGUAGAGGUAGACCCUCGCUUGAGGCUUUGGCUUGUGUUGGAAACAUUGCAAAAGCAAUGGGGCCUGCUAUGGAACCUCAUGUUCGUGGUCUUUUGGAUGUUAUGUUCUCUGCUGGCCUUUCCCCUACGCUUGUUGAGGCCCUUGAGCAGAUAACUACCAGUAUUCCAUCCUUGCUGCCUACCAUCCAAGAUCGGUUGCUUGACUGCAUUUCAGUGGUUCUUUCAAAAUCCCAUCAUCCUCAGGGAAGGUCAGCUGUUGGCAUGGGUAGAGGAAAUUUAAUAAAUAUGCCUCAGCAAGUCUCGGACCUCGGUGGUUCAGCCCUCGUGCAGCUUGCUUUGCAGACUCUAGCUCGUUUUAAUUUCAAGGGCCAUGACCUUCUUGAGUUUGCAAGAGAAUCAGUUGUUGUAUAUUUGGAUGAUGAUGAUGGAGCCGUCCGAAAAGAUGCUGCCCUCUGUUGUUGCAGAUUAGUUGCAAAUUCCUUUUCUGGUGUGCAAUAUGCUUCGGGUAGGUCCAAUCGAGGAAAGCGACGACGUCUUGUUGAGGAGAUUGUGGAAAAGCUUCUCAUCGAAGCUGUUGCUGAUGCUGAUGUUAUUGUUCGCCAUUCAAUCUUUUCCUCUCUGCAUGGGAAUAGUGGUUUUGAUGAUUUUUUGGCGCAGGCUGAUAGUCUGAGCGCAGUUUUUGCUGCUUUAAAUGAUGAGGAUUUUGACGUUCGAGAGUUUGCAAUUUCUGUGGCUGGGAGGUUGUCAGAAAAAAAUCCUGCUUAUGUCCUUCCAGCACUUCGUCGCCAUCUCAUACAGUUGUUGACUUACCUGGGGCAGAGAUACCAAAUGCCGGGAAGAAAGUGCGAAGUUACUUGGUUGUUUAUACGGAAUUGUGAACGGCUAAUACUUCCAUAUAUUGCUCCAAUACACAAGGCACUCGUAGCAAGACUUAAUGAUGGCACCGGUGUCAAUGCAAAUAAUGGCAUUAUUAGUGGAGUUCUUGUAACUGUUGGGGAUCUUGCUAGAGUGGGUGGUUUUGCAAUGCGAAGAUACAUUCCGGAGCUUAUGCCUUUGAUUGUUGAUGCUUUAUUGGAUGGAGCAGCUGUCACAAACGGGAAGUGGCAGUCGCCACUCUUGGUCAAGUUGUACAGAGCACUGGGUCUUGCAUGUGCUAGUGAGCUGGGAAGACUCUGGUUUGAGAAGUUUGACAGGUAUGUAAUAACUCCAUACAAUGAGUAUCCACUGUUACUUGGCUUACUCUUGAAGUUGCUGAAUGGUGAAUUAGCAUGGUCUACAAGACGCGAAGUACUAAAGGUUCUUGGAAUUAUGGGUGCUUUAGACCCUCAUGCGCAUAAACGAAAUCAGCAAUGCUUGCCUGGGCCACAUGGAGAUGUUACACGUAAUGCCAGUGAAUCUGGUCAACACAUUCAAUCUGUGGAUGAAUUGCCUAUGGACUUGUGGCCAUCAUUUGCAACAUCUGAAGAUUAUUAUUCCACGGUUGCAAUCAAUUCUCUCAUGCGUAUACUUAGGGACCCUUCACUUGCUACUUACCACCUAAAGGUGGUCGGAUCCCUUAUGUUUAUAUUCAAGUCGAUGGGUCUUGGUUGUGUUCCAUACUUACCAAAGGUUUUGCCUGAUCUCUUCCAUCUAGUCCGUACAUGUGAUGAUGCUUUAAAGGAUUUUAUAACAUGGAAGCUUGGAACUCUAGUAUCUAUUGUGCGUCAGCACGUUCGGAAGUAUCUGCAUGAGUUACUCAUUCUAAUUUCAGAACUAUGGUCAACCUUCAGUUUUCCUGCUGCUGGCCGUCCUCAACUUGGCUAUCCAGUUCUGCAUCUAGUGGAGCAGCUUUGCUUAGCUCUCAAUGAUGAAUUCCGAACAUACCUUCCUGAUAUUCUUCCGUGUUGUAUUCAAGUUCUAAGUGAUGCAGAACGGUAUAAUGAUUAUACUUAUGUUCUUGACAUCCUCUGUACCCUUGAAGUGUUUGGUGGAACAUUGGAUGAACAUAUGCAUCUGCUUCUUCCUGCACUCAUUCGCUUGUUUAAAGUGGAUGCUUCAGUGGAUAUAAGACGUGCUGCUAUCAAAACUUUGACAAAAUUGAUCCCUCGUGUGCAGGUUACUGGUCACAUAUCUUCUCUUGUGCAUCACUUGAAGCUAGUCUUAGAUGGGUCUAAUGAUGAGCUCCGGAAUGAUGCUGUUGAUGCGCUUUGUUGUCUAGCUCAUGCCCUUGGGGAGGACUUUACCAUUUUUAUCCCAUCAAUACACAAACUUCUGUUGAAACAUCGCUUACGGCAUAAAGAAUUCGAGGAAAUCGAAGGUCGUUUGCAGCGACGAGAACCACUAAUUUUGGGGAGCACAGCUGCUCAAAGAUUAAGUCAGCGACUUCCAGUGGAGGUUAUCACUGACCGUUUGAGUGAUUUGGAGAUUGACCCUUAUGAUGAUGGGUCUGAUGUGCAGAAACAACUCCGAAGCCAUCAGGUUAAUGAUAGUCGGUUACGCAAUGCUGGAGAGGCUUCUCAACGCAGUACCAAAGAAGAUUGGGCAGAAUGGAUGAGACAUUUUAGUAUUGAGCUUCUCAAGGAGUCUCCUUCUCCUGCCCUACGAACUUGUGCAAGGCUUGCACAGUUGCAGCCAUUUGUUGGGCGCGAGUUAUUUGCAGCGGGUUUUGUUAGCUGUUGGGCACAGCUAAAUGAGACUAGUCAGAAACAGUUAGUUCGGAGUUUGGAGAUGGCAUUUUCAUCUCCUAAUAUUCCUCCUGAAAUUUUGGCAACACUUCUUAAUUUGGCAGAGUUCAUGGAACAUGAUGAGAAACCUCUUCCUAUAGACAUUCGCCUGCUUGGUGCUCUUGCUGAAAAGUGUCGUGCGUUUGCGAAGGCCUUGCAUUACAAAGAAAUGGAGUUUGAAGGAGCACGCUCCAAGAAGAUGGAUGCCAACCCUGUUGCUGUAGUUGAAGCACUUAUACAUAUAAACAACCAGUUACACCAGCAUGAGGCUGCAGUUGGAAUAUUGACCCAUGCCCAACAACAUUUGGAUGUUCAACUAAAAGAGUCAUGGUAUGAGAAGUUGCAACGAUGGGAUGAUGCUCUCAAGGCCUACACCGCAAAAGCCUCCCAAGCAUCGAGUGCACAUCUUGUUUUGGAUGCCACUUUAGGUCGGAUGCGAUGCCUUGCUGCUUUGGCACGAUGGGAGGAGCUUAACAACCUGUUCAAGGAAUAUUGGACCCCAGCUGAGCCGGCUGCUCGAUUGGAAAUGGCACCAAUGGCUGCAAGUGCUGCUUGGAACAUGGGGGAGUGGGAUCAAAUGGCAGAAUAUGUGUCUCGGUUAGACGAUGGUGAUGAAACCAAACUUAGGGGUUUGGGGAACACUGCUGCUAGUGGUGAUGGAAGCAGUAAUGGCACAUUCUUUAGAGCUGUUUUGUUAGUUCGAAGAGGAAAGUAUGAUGAAGCACGGGAGUAUGUUGAGAGAGCUAGGAAAUGCUUGGCAACAGAGCUUGCUGCUUUGGUUUUGGAGAGCUAUGAACGUGCAUACAUCAAUAUGGUCCGUGUUCAGCAGCUAUCAGAACUUGAGGAGGUCAUUGAUUAUUGCACACUUCCUCUGGGGAACGCUGUUGCUGAGGGACGACGAGCCCUUAUUCGCAAUAUGUGGAAUGAGCGGAUACAAGGUGCAAAACGUAAUGUUGAGGUAUGGCAAGCUCUUUUAGCAGUUAGAGCACUUGUUCUACCUCCUACAGAAGAUGUUGACACUUGGCUUAAGUUUGCUUCCCUUUGUCGGAAAAGUGGGCGAAUUAGUCAGGCUAGAUCUACUUUAGUCAAACUCUUACAGUAUGAUCCUGAAUCAUCUCAUGAAAGUGUGCGGUACCAUGGGCCUCCACAAGUGAUGCUUGCAUAUUUGGAAUACCAAUGGUCACUUGGAGAGGACCUUAAGCGCAAGGAAGCGUUUGCAAGGCUGCAGAAUUUGGCAAUAGAGCUUUCAAGUGCACCCAGUAUGCAACCAGAUACUCCAACUGGCUUGAUGAGCUGUAGUAGUCCAAGUGUUCCUCUUCUUGCCCGUGUGUAUCUCAGACUUGGAUCCUGGAAAUGGACUCUUUCUCCUGGAUUGGAUGAUGAUUCUAUACAAGAAAUCCUUGCUGCCUUCCGCAAUGCAACUCAAUAUGCCAAUAAAUGGGCAAAGGCAUGGCACACAUGGGCGCUGUUCAAUACAGCAGUGAUGUCUCUUUAUACUGUAAGAGGUUAUGCAAGUGUUGCUUCACAGUUCGUUGUUGCGGCAGUCACUGGAUAUUUUCACUCAAUAGCAUGUUCGGCCAAUACUAAAGGUGUUGAUGAUAGUUUACAGGAUAUUCUUCGUCUUCUUACAUUGUGGUUCAACCAUGGAGCUACUGCAGAAGUCCAAAUGGCACUACAGACAGGGUUUGCACAUGUUAAUAUUAACACAUGGCUGGUGGUUUUGCCUCAAAUAAUUGCCAGGAUACAUUCUAAUAACCGUGCUGUGAGGGAACUAAUACAGUCACUUUUGGUGCGAAUUGGACAAAGUCAUCCACAGGCUCUUAUGUACCCUCUCCUUGUAGCAUGUAAAUCAAUAAGUAAUUUACGCAGAGCUGCAGCUCAAGAAGUGGUUGACAAAGUUCGGCAGCAUAGUGGUGUGCUUGUGGAUCAGGCACAACUUGUAUCAAAGGAACUAAUCAGGGUGGCAAUACUUUGGCAUGAAAUGUGGCAUGAGGCUCUGGAAGAAGCUAGCCGCUUGUAUUUUGGUGAACAUAACAUUGAGGGAAUGCUAAAAGUGUUGGAGCCAUUACAUGAAAUGCUUGAGGAGGGGGCUAUGAACAACAAUACCACUAUAAAAGAGAGAGCAUUCAUUGAGGCCUAUCGACAUGAAUUGCUGGAGGCCUAUGAGUGUUGCAUGAAAUAUAAGAGAACUGGGAAAGACGCUGAGCUUACUCAGGCUUGGGAUCUUUAUUAUCAUGUAUUUAGACGAAUAGAUAAGCAGUUGCAGAGUCUUACUACCCUGGAUUUGGAGUCUGUCUCACCAGAGUUGUUGGAAUGUCGUAAUUUGGAGCUUGCUGUUCCUGGGACAUACCGUGCUGAAUCUCCAGUUGUAACAAUUGCAUCGUUUGCUCGCCAGCUUGUUGUCAUAACAUCCAAACAGCGACCAAGGAAAUUAACGAUUCAUGGGAGUGAUGGUGAGGAUUAUGCUUUCUUGCUGAAGGGACAUGAAGAUUUACGCCAAGAUGAACGUGUCAUGCAGCUUUUUGGUUUGGUGAAUACACUACUGGAGAAUUCUAGAAAUACUGCGGAAAAAGAUCUCUCCAUUCAACGAUAUGAUGUCGUUCCCUUGUCUCCAAACAGUGGUCUAAUUGGUUGGGUCCCAAACUGUGACACCCUUCACCAACUCAUUAGGGAGUACAGGGAUGCCAGAAAGAUCACUCUGAAUCAAGAACACAAGUAUAUGCUAAGCUUUGCUCCGGAUUAUGAUCAUUUGCCACUCAUAGCUAAAGUGGAAGUAUUUGAGUAUGCCCUGCAAAUACAGAGGGAAACGACCUUGCAAGGUCGUACUUCUGAGGUAUGGCUGGAGAGGAGGACAAACUAUACCAGAAGUUUAGCAGUCAUGAGUAUGGUUGGUUACCUUCUUGGAUUAGGUGAUCGCCACCCAAGCAAUCUUAUGCUGAACCGCUAUAGUGGAAAAAUCUUGCACAUCGAUUUUGGGGACUGCUUUGAGGCCUCUAUGAACCGGGAGAAGUUCCCUGAGAAGGUCCCCUUUCGGUUGACUAGAAUGCUUGUGAAAGCUAUGGAGGUCAGUGGUAUAGAAGGCAACUUCCGUUCAACUUGUGAAAAUGUGAUGCAAGUUCUGCGAACAAAUAAAGAGUGUGUUAUGGCUAUGAUGGAGGCCUUUGUUCAUGAUCCUCUCAUCAAUUGGCGUCUCUUCAACUUCAAUGAAGUUCCACAAAUGUCAAUGCUUGGAAAUAGCCAUGUUCCUCCUGUUGUGGAUGCUGAAGAACCUUCUCAAAAUAGAGAGCUUCCCCAACCACAACGAGGUGCUCGUGAAAGGGAACUCCUUCAGGCUGUUAAUCAACUUGGUGAUGCUAAUGAGGUCUUGAAUGAGCGUGCAGUGGUUGUCAUGGCUCGGAUGAGUAAUAAACUUACUGGCCGUGAUUUUUCUGCCUGUUCCUCUGUAGCAUCCAGCUCUGUUCAACAUGUAGUUGACCACAGUACACUGAUUUCUGGAGAUAGUCGAGAAGUUGAUCAUGGUUUAUCUUUUAAGCUGCAAGUUCAAAAGUUGAUUAUCCAAGCAACAUCUCAUGAAAAUUUGUGCCAAAAUUAUGUCGGGUAA